AUGAUUCUACUUGUUAAUGAUUUGAUUAAUUGGGGUAAUCGAUCUUGGAGGUUGGAUGAGAUUACUGAGUACCUACAACCGGAGCUGAAAAAUCGUAUUCUUCAGAUUCCUAUUGGGAGAGGGGUUGGCAGAGACAAAUUCAUUUGGCCACUUACUAAGAAUGGUGCCUUCACUGUUAAGAGUGCCUAUCAUCAUCUCCAUCUUAUUUCCAAUACUUAUGAUGCUAAUAAGAGUCAUUCCUCUCACAUCAUCAACAAAGCAACAUGGAAGACUAUUUGGAAAAUGCCCACUCUCCCAAAGAUUAGACAUUUUCUCUGGAGGGCUAUCAACUGUGCUACCCCUACUUUUCUCAACCUAUCAAUCAAAAUGAAAUCCAACCCCAAGUGCCCUGUGUGUGGUGGUGAAGAUGAAUCAAUUGAACAUGCUCUUUUAUUAUGUCCGUGGGUCAAGUUAGUGUGGUUUGGUUCCCCAUUGGGUAUGAAGAUCAAUAUGCAAGCCAUUACUACAUUUGAUUGUUGGUUAUUACAUAACUAUCAAUCAUAUAAGAGUAAGGAGGAUCGUGAUUGGGCUCUUACCAUGAUCAGCUUCAUUUGUUGGUUUAUAUGGAAAGCUAGGUGCCGUUUUGUCUACAGGGCCACUCCAUGUUCCCCUGAACUUGUGAUUUCUCUUAGCUCAUAUGCUGCCUUUGAGUUUCUGAGUACCAAAAUUCAUAUCCCUGCAUCUAUGAUUACUUUCUCUGAAUCUCCAACCCUCCCUGGUACAGUUGUGGUGUGUACUGAUGCUUGUUGGGUAGAUGAAUUGAAAGGUGGUGUUGGGGUUGUGAUAUUUGAUCAUUUGGGUCAUCAUUUGGGGGGUUUAGCUGUUGUUUUGAAGGCAGAGAACGCUGAGAUUGCUGAAGCCCGUGCUGUCUUGACUGGUGUGGAUCUUGCCUUACAAAGAGGCUAUAAAUCAGUGAGAUUCCGCUCUGAUUCUCAGAAUGUUAUAUCUGAGUUGCAGACAAAUCGCACUUGUAUUAAUUGGAAAACAUCAAUCAUCAUGGAAGAAAUUACCUGGAGGUGCCGGUUUUUUGAUCGGAUUGAUUGGGAAUGGAUUCCCCGGGAAGCUAAUCGCGCUGCACAUGAGGCAGCCAAGCUUGGUUUUCGGACGGUGGGUCUUCGCUGCUGGUCGGAGACUCCCCCACCGUCUCUAACAAUGGUACUGAGAAACGAUGGACUCCCCUGUCCUCACUGA